GGAAGUGAUGUUACGUUGAUUGUGAAGAGGGUUCAUGCAACAAAUGGAUCGAAAGGACUUAGUAAACUCUAUUUAGUGAGUUCUUUUUUAAAUUUAAAAAUCAAAUUGUCAUCGCUUUUGAUAGGGCGCUUCUACACGAAACACCAAGAAAGAAAGUGACGCACAGACACUGGAUGGGGUUACUUCAUCGUAUAACGACCACCUGCAUUUUCACUGAGCUGAGGCUGAAACGAAGUUAUUUCCUGCUCACAUUUACUGGGCCUACUUGAAGCCAAGGCUACUGAAAUUGCAAUGACAUUUUUUGUGUUUUUACAUAAUGCGAUGUGUCCGGUUUUAUAGUUGCCUUGGAGUGAAUUCUAACUCGGAGGUCUGAAAUAAGCACUCACUAUGUCUGAUGGGGACUAUGACUACCUCAUCAAAUUCCUAGCCCUUGGUGAUUCUGGAGUAGGGAAAACCAGCUUUCUCUACCAGUACACAGACAAAAAGUUUAACUCCAAAUUCAUCACUACAGUGGGCAUUGAUUUCAGAGAAAAACGAGUGGUAUACAAAUCAAAUGGUCCAGAUGGGGCAGCAGGCAGAGGACAGAGGAUUCAUGUUCAGCUGUGGGACACGGCGGGGCAGGAGAGGUUUCGGAGUUUGACGACAGCUUUCUUCCGAGAUGCGAUGGGCUUCCUCCUCCUGUUUGACCUCACCAAUGAGCAGAGUUUCCUUAAUGUCAGAAAUUGGAUGAGUCAAUUACAGAUGCACGCUUACUGCGAGAAUCCAGACAUUGUACUCUGUGGCAACAAGUGUGACCUGCUGGAGCAGAGGGCAGUCCGUGAAGAUGAGGCCCGUGAGCUGGCAGAGAAGUAUGGAAUCCCUUACUUUGAGACAAGUGCAGCUAACGGGCAGUUUGUUAGCCAGGCUGUGGAUGUCCUGCUGGACCUCAUCAUGAAGAGGAUGGAGCGCUGCGUGGACAAGUCCUGGAUCCCUGAUGGAACUGUGCGAUCCAAUGGACACAGUGGUCACACAGACAUCACAGAGCCCAAGACCCAGGAGAAGGGCAAAUGUGCUUGUUAGGGUCCACAUACAGAUAAUGGUUACACCAUCCCCUCAGUGAUGUUUUGGUACGACUGGGCUUUAUGGUAUGUGAUGAAAGGCAUGUAAUAUUUGUAAAUCAAUGGUGUCAUAGUACGUUUUGGCAAGAUGUGGGGGGGAGUGUGUAUGACGUGCAAAGCUGAAAGUAACUACUAACCCCUGCCAAAUGUACCAGAGCAUCAUUAUGUUUUGUUAAUUUCAUUAUGCCAUUUGGUGGGGUGCCUCUCCUUACACUUGUCCAUACAGUGUCAAUUAAGUGCCUUUUUAUGUUUUCAUUUCAGAGAAUAUUAUAUAUUUUACAUUGUAAAAGAAAAGUGUAUUAUAACCAACUAUUUUCUAAGAUCCAGUAUAAAAGUGAGAAGCCACUGAAAGUUGUAUUAGUUGAGAACACUUCCCUGUGAAUUAAAAGGAAACCCAUCCUUAUUACAUUGAACUUUUUGACACGGGAUAUUUUUGUCACUAUGCACUUCCAUUUAUUCUUGUACAAUGUAAAAGUCCUGAGCACAUGCAAUCUGUAGUGAAUAGAGUGAUUUAUUGUAUAGGCCUGCACUGUAGUAGCAGAGUAGCUGGGUGUUUUUAUUUGUAUCACAAUGUCGGGAUAUUGGGUCUAUCAGAAAUGUUUGAGGUUCCAUGUAAAUCAAUGCUGAUUUUGUUCAUUCGUAAUUUUAAAAUGUGCCUAAAAUCUGCUGUAUUCUGUCAAACACUGUUUUCAUGCCAAAUAUGUAAACCAUAUCCUUUAUUCCAUAAAAUAAAUAUAUUUUAUUUAUUAAA